UCUUGGAUGCUGCUGGAAAGCCAGGCCCCUCCAUCACCCAGCUCCGUAUCAAUUUUGUGGGGAACUACAAGCAAUGCAGGGCUAUAAAGGUUCCUGCGGACCCUCAGCAAAACAGCACAGGGUUCAGUGGACAGUAUGCAGUGCUCAAGGUCGCUCUUGGGCUUAUUCAAUUCUUCAGUGCUUACUGUCUUACCAGUUGAGAUCCGAAAUUCGGAUAGGGAGGUCACUACAGCCACAGUCAUCUCCAUCGUGGUUUUAGCUAUCAUUAUAAUUUUUGUAUUCCUGGGCACAUCCCUGGAUAUAUUCCUCGUCCAGCGACCCCGCUGGCAGUUGGAGGCACAGGCUCAGAAGGAUGGCAUGGUCUCCAACACAGAGAAGCCCAUAGCUCAAGAAUAUCAUCCAAUCGAAGGACAGGAUAGUGUUCAGAGUCAGAUGGAAGACCGUGAGUCAACACCUCUUCUGGAUAAAUUCUUGCCCCCUCCCACAAGAAAUGUGUCAGGUAUGAUGACGGAGUUCCUGCUGGCGUUUUCUGCCUACACAAACGGGGCCAAAGUGUUGAACACGUCACAGGCCGCGGGAUCUCUGAGCGCCAUACACGGCAUCAGGUUCCUCAGCUUGACCUGGGUCAUCCUGGGUCAUCUCUACGUGUUUGGGAUAACGGAUAUAGCCAAUGCUGCUGACGUCCUGGGGCUCCUGCAGCGGUGGACAUUUGAUGCUGUUUCCAAUGCGUUUGUGUCCGUGGAUACUUUCUUCACUUUGAGUGGUCUGCUGACGGCCUACAUGACCAUCAGGGAGAUGAAGCGAUCCGGUUGGAAAAUAAACUGGCCCAUGUUCUUUUUUCACAGAUUUUGGAGGCUGACUCCUCCAUACAUGCUGACGUUGCUGCUGGUUCUGGGCUUGCAGAGGUUCAUGGGGUCCGGUGCACUGUGGACCACCUCGCAGCCUGCAGACAAAGCCUUCUGUGAGAAAAACUGGUGGACCAAUCUCCUCUAUGUCAACAACAUCGUCAAUCAAAAAGAAGCAUGCUUUGCCCAUACCUGGUAUCUGGCGAAUGAUAUGCAGUUUUUUAUUCUGAGUCCUCUGAUGCUGAUACCGUUCUACUUCCAUGCCUAUGCUGGUUUAGCUGCCAGCUUGGUUAUCCUCCUCAUCAGCUGGAUCACCACGGGGGUCUUGUCCACGCAGCAUGAAUGGAAAGCGAACUUUAUUGAUGCCUUCAAUGGGGCUAGCAACAUUACUGACAAUCCUUUGGAAGGAUUCUACGAUUACUAUGAAGUACCUUGGUGUCGCAUUGGCCCAUUUAUUAUUGGGAUCCUUGCUGGCUAUUUACUGGCUGUAAACCAUGGAAAGAUUCGUAUGAAUAAGUAUGUGAACUUGUUUGGAUGGGCCAUUGCAGUAGCUAUGGGUCUAGUCAUUGUGUAUGGACUGGACGGAGACAUCAGCGGGAGAGCCCCUCUCUCUGUGGGUGAGGCGGCUUUCUACAACACGUGCGCUCGCUCGGCGUGGGGUGCCUGUGUGUGCUGGGUUAUCAUCUCUUGUGCGAGUGGAUAUGGAGGAUUUGUGAACACCAUUCUGUCCUGGUCUCCCUUUGUGACCCUGGGCCGUCUGUCCUACAUGGCUUACCUGAUACACCCCAGCGUCAUCUCCGUCUACUUUGGCAAUAUGGACCAGCUUUUCUAUGUCAACGAUCUCAAUAUAGCGGUGACGUUCAUGGGCAUCGUCUUCAUGACCUACAUGGUUUCCUUUGUACUGAUGCUGGGUCUGGAAUCUCCGAUGAUUGGCCUCGAGAGAAAAUUCCUGCGUCGAAGAAGCGACUGAUGGCAUUCAUCAUCUUUGAAGGCCGCCAUCUAGUGAAUGAGGGGUCUGCAUCUUUGUCUAUUACCUUCAUCUCACAUCAGUCCACAGUAGAGGGUUAGAGGAGGCUAUCACCGUUAGGUCGUACUUUGUUUCUUUUCCUGUUUUUAAUUUUUCAUGCCCUGGUCUUAAUUUGCUUUUUCCUCGUGCGAAAUGACUGUUAUCAUGUUGUGCUUCUCCUUACUCAAUCCAAACCAAGCAUGAGUCCUGCUCGUCUCUGGUUGAUGUCACAUGUAUUUUAUGAUACGUGUGGUCAUUGGACAAAAGAUGUCAGAACAAGCGGAGUGACCUAUUUUUGAGGUACGAGCAAGAAACCUAGGUCAAGGUGGAUGGGGGCGGCGAUAUUAACCCUUUCCCCACCAGCAUAUUUCGUACCUCAUUCCUACCGGCUGGGUGGAUCACACCCGUACACAUUUAAAUAUAAGGAAAUACUGGCUGAAUGAUUCAAACCUGUAUACUUAAAUAUGCAGGGCGGUGCAGACAAAUGCAUUCGGCAUUAUUUUUGUUUUAGAAGGCGUUUUACAAAAAUUGCAACACAAUUAGGGCAUAAGUGUUAAAGAUUAGAGGUGUCAGAAAAGAGUAACAAAUACAAAAGAGAAGGAGAGGUAAAGACGGGUUAAUGAGGCUGACACAGACUAAGAUGCCAACAAAUGCUCAGUCAUUGUCUGGUUAAAGUUUGUUGUAAUGCCACUUAAAAAUUGUCAACAUUUACUUUUGAUUUUGGAUCUAAGAAAAGUUUUAUUCUGAGAAUUUGAUAGGAAAAAUGGAAGAAAAAAACAGGUGAAAAUCUUAAAUUGCUAUUUUUCUGUUUUCCAGCUUUGCAUCUUAAUAUUGUAUGUGUGAAGAUUUAGUGAGGAUUAUUUUUUGUUAAUUCUCAAAAAGGACAAUGAUCAGGAAAUUAUUAUCGAAUGUUAUUCUGUCAAAGAUAAGAAUCAUGGAAAUAGACUAAUGUGAUGUGUUUCUUCUCACCAUCUCUCAUUUUGGUGCAAAAGUAAGGAGUUGUGGACAUUCAACAAAGAUGAAACAAAAACUGACCACAAUUUCUGGAUGCUGGUGCAUGAAUACAGUUGAUUGAGGUAAAGGGAUAAAGUCCCUCUUGACUUGCUUUGUACAAUACAUAAUUGCAUGACAAAAUUAUCCUCUUUGGUAUAAAGCAAUACAUUCCAAUGUAAUAACUUAACCCUUUGAACUCAAAUUCCUGCUUUAGCGGCACAACUCUUAAUUUUCGUGUAUCCCUAGAUCCCGCUGUAGAGGAAUUGGCAACUCCUUUUUCCUGUUUAUGCACUUUUUUUCCUGUUCAAUGAGAAUAAAAUAAGCUAUUCCGUGCGAGAUUGAAGCAGGAAGAAACUGAGAGCUUUUGUCAUGAAAUUUGAAGGAAAAAAGGGGGUUUGGGGAAAUGUUUGUGAAGUGUUUGAUGAACUGGUCGGUCCCGGCCAUCAACGUCACGGAUAGGUGCUGGGGUUCAGGGGUCACAGUAGGUUCAGGAGCUCAAGGUUCAAAGGGUUAAGUAUUUAUAUUGGUACUGGGUCGUGUUUAGUGGUGAUGGUAAGAUGAGAAUUUUCUUUGUUCUUUUGUUGUUGAGAAAAUGUUUCUUUUUGGAGAGAUAAGCAACAAUACAAAAUGAACAAAUAUUAAGAUUGGAUGGAAAAGUUUUGAGCUUAUAAUUAGAGUAAAAAAUCAUGAAUAUAAUUUACAUCUGGCAAGUUGACUUCUAGACUUGAUUCUGUUGUUGUCAUAAUAUGCCACAUUCCUGCCUACGAUCAAGACUAUAGCUUGUACAGUUCUGACUCAAUAGAAGUAUUUUGCCCUGCGGUGUUUUUGGAGCUUGAUGUAAAUAUAUAUUCGUGUUAAUACUUAUGCAGGUAUUCUUAAACUCCUUAUUUGGAGAGUAUGAUGUGUCCAUUCGUAUGAACAUCGGCUCUUUUUCUAUGCAUGAAAAAUAAGUAUUCAUUAUGCCACUCAUCUCUUGCUGCCAUGAAUGCGCUGAUCUGUUUCUUUUUUCUUUUCCUCUCUUUAUUUUGUUUUGGGUUUUUUGUUUGUUUCUCUCUCACAAGGGUGGUUGGAGGGUGCCACUGGGCCAGUCUGUUUUAUUUUUUCCUAGCCCUACCUGACCACUAUUGUGUUAAUGUGCUACUCUUUACUCAAACAAAUGAACAUCUUGGUUCCACUCAGUAAUAAUAAUAAUAGCUUUUAUGUUGCGCAUUUCCAUUUGAUAAAAAAUGGUCAAUGCACAUUACAUUAAUAAAGAUAUCAUGCCUUAAGAAUUAAUGGACAUGUGUGUACAUAAAGCAUAGUAUUAGGCAUAUAUUAUAUGCAUGUAUUAUGUAUAAAAGUUGAGAAAAAUAGUCACUCAAUAGUAGAACACACACGACUGCAGCAAAACAAUAGGGUCAACCUCUAAGCAGUAAAGUUACAAAAGCUAAGUUCACUUGUUCAGUCUGUUGUACACUGCCUCUCCAGGUCAGUUAUUAAUUUGUAAAUUUCAUCUUGAGAUCUCAUCAUACAGGGAAUAUAUUAUUUUUUUCUAAUGGCGCAAGUACACUUUAUACUUUAUAUAGCACCAUAUAUAUUUUUAAAUUUUUUUUUCCGAUGUAAAAGUUGUCAUGCUUGCUUUUGUUCAAGGGGAGGGGAGGAGACUGAGGUAUAGUCCGUUUGGUUAUUUAAACGGUGGCAGUUCCCGUGCUUUGCUGAAGACCAAUAUUUUUCUGUUUGCGGAUGUAAGGGAAGAUUUCGUUUGUCUCUACUGCACACUGACCCUGAUCAUCCUGUGAAGCAAACAUCGCCAAUGCUGUCUUUAACUUAUAUGUGAUUACUUAGUAGUGCCAACAGGAAUGUUUACAUAAAAUUUUUUAAUGUUGAAAGGGCAUUGCACCCAAGCCUACAACUUGCCCUGUGGUGGAGCGUGCUGACGGAGUGACAUACUUUUCAGAUUUCAGCCUCUUGGAACUGGCGUCUGGACUGGCGUCUGGGGUGCAGUGGUGAGGUACUUUGCUGUCGCACACAGCAGGCCCGAGUUCAAUUCCCGAGCCUGCUAAGUAAUUUAAAUCAUGUUGAUGGGGAAGUAAAAAUGCCUACAUUAAGAAGCAAAGUAAAAAAGCCCUGUGGAUGUAGAUAAAUCAAAUUUAUAGGUUGAAUUUUUACAAUUUAUUCACAUGAAAUGAUAAAA